UUCGUCUCAAGUCUCCACGGUGAUGGAUGAGAGUAGCGCUCCAGUGCGCACAGCGAGCAGGUGGAUUGCAGUCGGCUCAAAGUGCACACAAAGACAUGUCUGUAUCGGCCUUGCAACAGGUUGAACAUUGGGCUCAGGUACUGUAACGUGAGCCUGCGUCAUGUGAUCACCACAGGGACGACCAGAGGAGGAGGAAAAAACUGUUUUACAUAGGUCGGUCUCGGCAUUUCUUUUUUUUGGGGGGGGAAAGAAAGAAAUUUUGCUUCAACCAGAUCUGUGUAGGCUAUAAAGGCUACUCAACAGAGGUUAGUAAAUGUCCUAUAUAUGUACUAAUGCAAGUUAAUUAUAUGCCAGAACUCCUUCGAUUGAAUUUAAAUUAUCGGUCGCAAGGCGGAAGCGGCAUUUUUUCUUCAUAUCAUUCAGAAGGAUAACCAUCACCAUUGGAUAGAGCUAAUUCUACGUGAACAGGGUGGCAACGGCUGAGAUUAUUGAAAAAAUGGCAUGAACCUGAUUCUUGGACACAGAAAGCCGACCCACAGAGUUGAGGGGUGGCAGAAAAACUGAAAAUGACACUUGGGCCAGACACAAUACCACAUUUUGGGCUGGUGGCAGGUGGUGUUCUCCUGCUCUUCCUGAAGAAUAGCUCUGCUAGAGCUGGAAAUGCUACAGUCAUCAGUGGUCUAUCCAGAAAUGCAAAUACCACAAGCCCCCAGGAUGUUGUAGUCAUCGUGGUUCCCAUAGUGGUGCUGGGUCUGCUAGCCAUCAUCGCUGCAGUCUUGGCAUAUCUCUUCAUUGUGGUGAGGAAAAAGAGGCAGACGGAGGGCACGUAUCGGCCGAGUGCCGAGGAGCAAAGCGGGGCACACAACGCAGCCGUGCCCGAUGCCCUCAAACUACCCAAAGAGGAACGGCUGAUCUAAUGCACUAGCAGGACUCUCAGCACUGCUACCAUCCGAGUGAAGUCACAGUUUGCUUCCAAAAGGGAGUUGUGCCUUCAUCCAAAUAGGUUCUGUAGCGGCUGCUGGACUACAGUGGAGUGUCAGUAAAGACACAGAGACAGCUGUGCAUGGAUUGAGAAAUAUUCAUGUGAUGUCAUCAGACUGCUCGCUAUUAAAGCGGAGAUAUGAUAGAAGCGUACGCUGUCAUCGUCCACCUCACAUGCUUUCCAAGAGGCUACCUACAGAUGUGAUGUCAUUCCUAGCCUUAUGAUACAAGGAAUUGACGUAGGGUUGGUCACUGGUGACUAGAGGUGGAAAUCUUCAACACUGACCAGAAGGAUCAUUUUAUAGAAGGAUAACACUUAACAAAAUGUACCCUGUGGGUAAGCUUAAGCUUGAAGGACCGCAAGAGGAGAUUCUUGUGGUACUAAAGAACAGAUGUUCUUCAUGUAAAGUCCUGUUUUGGGAUUCCUGUGGCACUAGCCUAACUGUUUUAAGUAGCUAUAGUAACUGCUGCUAGUGAGCCAGUGCUUGUGAGAUACACACAAACUGCACAUAAACAUUUCAUGCUGGUUAUUUGGGAUGUGUUGAAACCCAAAUUACAGUUUUUACUAAACAACUUUACUUAAAUAUUUCAAAUGUUUAAUUAUUUUUGACUUUUUUAGAGAUAUGAUUGGCGUUUAAUGUAUGUGAUGUGACACUAAUGGUCUUCAUAGUAAUGGGAAUCUCAUUGGCAAGUUUCAUGUAUCAUAAUUUGAAUGUAGUAGUAAGUAGAAAUGUGGUGUUUACACUUUAAUCGUUUUACCAUUAAUUUCAAUCAGACAUUUCUUGAUAACUAUCAAUAAAUGCACAAACCUUGUGCAGUUUACUAAAACUACGACUUAGGAAUUACUCCGACACUUUAUCUUAUUCAGCUGUAAUUACAAUGUGAUCUCCAUCUAAUUUGUGAAUGUUAUAUUAAAUGUAAUUUUUAUCAAA